UCUCCCCCUGCAUGCACUUCCUAAAAAGAUUCUCCCUGUGCAAAUCCUUUCAUCUUCUUCAACCGUUUAAACCCACCUUCUCUUCCUCUCUCUGAUUUCUGGCAAGUUGAAGAUUCUUUCUUUAUCAAUGUAGUUUCUUUCUGCUUAAUCUAUCUUCUUCUUCCUCAAUUUCAAGGACUGAAUUAUAGAAUAAAACUACCCAGAUUGAAGACUCUAUUCUAAGGUUUUAGGCCCCUGAUUCUCUUCGCCGGAAUCCUUUAAGCUUCCGUUUUCUCCUGUUUCGAAGAUUUGGUGUAAGCAUCUGGACCAGAUCCAUUUGAUUCUUCGAAAGAUUAAUACCCAGAUUCAAAAAAUUGACUACCUUUUUUUUUUUUUUGGUUGUUUUGCUGUCCCUGAUUCUAUUUUAGUAACCAAAAUUCUACGUCUUGAAUUGGGGGCGGAAGAGGACGAAAUCAAGAUGUUGGGACCAAACCCAUUUGACCUUUUGGCUUGAUUUUUCCACCUGAACGAUCCUUGGCAGAUACCUAGAUUCAAAAAAACGACCUUUCUUCAAUGUAAAAGCCCUAGCUUUCUUUAGCACACUAAUCAAAUAGCCCUGCAAGUCCCUGAUUUGUCAAGAAAGGAGAGGAAAAAUCGGGAUUAGGGGCCAAACCCAGAUGCAGGAAUGCAUUGAAACCCCUAAUCCGAAGCAAAAUUUGGACUGAAAGAGGGAAGAUUUUUUAUUUUUUCAUUUGAUCGAUAUUCCAAAAUGGAGCCGCCAUUUUCGAGCUUUUAUGUCCUUGCAGGCCUCCUUUUCACCGUCUAUGCUUUCCUACUCGUCGAGUCACAAUCACAAAAUGGAGAGAACACAUCGCCUCCACCACCGCCUCCGCCACCUCCUCCACCUCCACCACCCCCACCUCCACCUCCGCCGCCAUCCCCUCCAUUGACACCGACUCCGCCGCCUUUAACACCAUCUCCUCUGCCACCUUUGACACCGUCUCCGCCAUUCUCCCCUCCUCCUCCCCGGCCGCCAACAGUGUUUAACCACGAGUACCCUAAUGCAACGCCACCACACCGGAGAAGAAGGCGUCGGCAUCAUCCACCGCCACCACCACCACCACUGCGACAGUCAAAGCAGAAGCUUAACACAGGGAAGAAGAUUGGGCUGUUGUUCGCUGGCAUUGCUGCAAUACUGCAGUUUGGUGUUUUUGGGUUCUUGGUUUUUAAGAGAAGGCAGCUGCUCAAGGUGAAAGACCGGUAUGAAACGUGCUCUAACUGAAUUCCUCAGUUAAAGUCUCAACAAGUCUUUUCGCCAAUGUUCUUGUACCUAGAGGGUUUCUCUCAAGGUGCGCGGUUUAUUGGAAGAAAAUUUUUUUGAUGAGGAUUUUAAUAGAGUUGGGGGCUCAUUGGCAAUCCGAUUCCUAUUCUUUAACGAGGAUGAGUGGCGCCAUCACGAUUGAUUGGAGUAAAGAUGUCUCCAUUUUAAGUUACAGUUCCUCUGUAAAUGGUAAUUAUUGAUGACAGUUUCUGAUAUUUUAUUUUCUUGGCUUUUUUCUUUCCUCGGGGUCUCAUCUAUAUCUCUUACAAUUCAAAGUAGAAGAAAAGCUUUUGCGUCUUGCGUCAUUCUUUCUUUACCAUUUUCAUCUAACCUGUGUGAAUGUUGUGAAACCAUGGAAGGAUUACAAUGACCAUAUCUAGUUCUUCACGUGUGGUAAAAUUGACUCCUGAUUCGUUCUGUAA